AUGGACACAAGAGCCUCCCUCUCCAUUCUGCUGCUGCUCUUUGGCGUCUCACAGGCGUCUCCUCUCAUGGAAAGGUUUGAAGGAGUGUUUGUGUCAGAGCCGGAAAGUGUGGACAUCACUACAAGGAUUUUGGAGUCCAACAAUGGAUCUUCUGAAAUCUUGAUUGAAGGAGAUCUGGUGUUUCCCAAAACCAGAAAUGCUCUCUCCUGUUUAAACAACAACUGUUUCUGGAAGAAAAACUCUGACAACAUAGUGGAGGUCCCUUACACAGUGAGCAGGGAAUACUCUUCUUAUGAGAAAUCAGUGAUUGCGAACGCCAUGUCCACCUUUCGCUCCAAAACCUGCAUCCGCUUCGUGGCCAGAUCAACUCAGACUGACUACAUCAGUAUUGAGAACAAAGAUGGGUGCUUCUCUUCUUAUGGUAGAACUGGUGGCAAACAGGUGGUCUCCCUCAGAAGGAAUGACUGUGUGUAUCACGGCCUCGUUCAGCAUGAGCUCCUUCAUGCUCUGGGCUUCUACCACGAACAAACCAGGAGUGAUCGCGACAAGUACGUCAUGAUCAACUGGGAGAACAUCUCUCCUGAUAUGGCCCAGAACUUCCAGAAACAAAACACCAACAACCAAAACACUCCAUACGACUACGGCUCCAUCAUGCACUAUGGAAAAACUACCUUCUCCAUCCAGCCUGGCCUGGAAACCAUUACUCCCAUUCCUGAUGAGACGGUGGAAAUCGGACAGAGCCAGGGAAUGUCCAACACCGACAUUCUGAGGGUUUUUAACAAGCUGAUCAGGCGUUACAAGUACCUGGAGAAAGGGUUUGAAGAGGAGAUUAAGAAGCUGCUGCUGUUUCUAAAAGGGUUCACAGAGUCAGAGAGGAAUAAAUUGGCCAUGCUUACCGGAAUCCUGCUGGCCAAUGGCAAUAUAUCAGCCUCCAUCCUGAACAGCCUCUUUAAUGAGAACUUGGUCAAGGAAGGUGUCUCUGCUGCCUUCGCUGUGAAACUGUUCAAAUCUUGGAUCAACGAAAAAGACAUCAACUCGGUUGCUGCUAGCCUGCGUAAAGUUGGCAUGGACAACAGACUGAUGGAGCUGUUCCCUGCCAACAAGCGUAGCUGUGAACACUUUUCAAAAUAUUUCACCGACGCUGGACUGAAGGAGCUCUCGGACUUCGCUCGCAACCAGCAGUCCAUUGGAGCACGCAAAGAGCUUCAGAAAGAACUGCAAGAGCAGAUGUUGCGCGGCGAGACCCUCAAAGACAUCAUUGCCUACGUUCGUGAAGAGAUGAAGAAAACGAGCAUCUCUGAGCAGACAAUGAUCGGCAUCGUGUGGACCAGUGUCAUGAGCUCCGUCGAGUGGAAUAAAAAGGAGGAGCUCGUCACAGAGCAAGCCAUCAAACUCUUGAAGCAAUACAGCCCACUGCUGAAGGCCUUCACCUCCCAGGGCCUGUCUGAGCUCACCCUCCUGCUGAAGAUCCAGGAGUACUGCUACGACAAUAUCCACUUCAUGAAGGCCUUCCAAAAGAUCGUGGUGCUUCUUUACAAAGCUGAUGUUUUGAGCGAGGAGGUUAUUUUGAAGUGGUACACAGAAUCCCACGUGGCCAAAGGAAAGAGCGUCUUCCUCGAGCAGAUGAAGAAGUUUGUAGAAUGGCUGAAGAAUGCCGAAGAGGAGUCCGAAUCCGAGGAAGAGGAGGGAGACUAAAACACCAUGUCAGCAGAAUGUUUUGUUACAGAAGUGCUUGUCUUUCUAAAAAAAAAAUUCUUUUUUUUUUUUUUUUUGAUUCUACCUCCUGUUUUUCAAACCAUAACCAUUUAGAUGUCAUUUAAGGGCUUUAUAACAAAUGAUUCGUUUUAACAGAUUUUUCUAAUAUUAAGGUUUACACUUAAAAUAGCACAAACGUUGUGGUCAACCUUUGUAAUUAUUUACUCGCUCAAGGAACUUUUAAGUGUUGACACAGUUUGGACAUCUUAAAUUAUUGUUAUAGUGAUUCCUUUAUGAAUUGACAUUCCAUUGAAUUAGAUCAGGCUGCCUUGUUUGCUUUUAAGACACCCUUUUCUAUAUGGUAUUGAUGCCUUCAUGCCCUGUCAUGAUCAGUGUCCACAAAGGGGAAAAAAUGGUCACCUUGUCUCAUCGUGAUGUUAUUGCCAAAGGGUUAAGUCCUUCUCCCAUAACAUCCAUCAGUGUUCUGUUCCCUGCCUAUGAAACUGUACAGUGCUGAAAACAAAUUGCAGAUCACCCUGUAAAGACCCUUAAAUGACUCCCAACCUCUUCUAUGUAUCUUCAUCCUAUUUGUCACCGAUUUCUUUAAUCUGAAUAACUAAUUGACUUUUUUAAAGAAAUAAAGACCUAGAAGCAUA